AUGAAGACAUAUGAUCAAACUCAAGUGGCCGCCGGUUGGUAUGAGGGCUAUCAGGUCAACGACGGGUUGCCUCUGUCGCAGAUUAGCUGGUAUAAGUAUACCCACUUGAUAUAUUCGUUCGCGGAAACAACGCCAGAUGUCAACGUCCUUAGCUUGGAAAAAUCUAAUCCAGAGGGGCUGCCACAGUUCGUCGCCGAAGCCCGUCGACAUGGAGUCAAGGCAAUGGCGUCGGUCGGCGGGUGGACAGGCUCCCGGUGGUGGUCCUCCAACGUCGGCUCCGCGGAGAACAGAACAGCAUUUGUAAGAACACUGUCAAGCUUUGUCAAAAGGCAUAAUUUGGAUGGUAUCGAUUUCGACUGGGAAUAUCCAGGCCGACAAGGGGCGGGGUUUAACGUCGUUAGCAAGCAUGACGCAGCCAACUUUCUUUCAUUUCUCGAAGAAUUGCGCAGGGACCCAGUUGGUUCGUCUCUUGUCCUGUCAGCAUGCGCGUCUGUCGUACCGUUUGCCGGAGAAGAUGGAAAGCCAAGUGGAGAUAUGUCUGGCUUCAGCGUGGUCCUCAACUUCAUUUCUGUCAUGAAUUAUGAUGUCUGGGGUCACUGGAGCAACUCAGUGGGUCCAAACGCGCCACUUGACGAUACCUGUGCCGCACCUGAGUACCAGAUUGCCUCAGCUAUUUCCGCUGUUAGGCUUUGGACGAAUGCUGGUAUGCCGCGGAAACAAAUAGUGUUGGGUGUAGCAGGAUAUGGUCGGCAAUACAGAGUCCGGCGGUCAGAUGCGUUUAUGAGUGGAUCGCCGUUUCUGGCAUCACAUCCGCCAUUCGUAAAAACUAGGGAGGAUCCGCGACCAUGCAGCGAAGACCGUAUCGACGAAUGUGCUCUCGCACCAUUGGUACAAGGAAUACUCGAUUUUAAGCGCAUAAUUCAGGAGGGUUACCUCGACAAGAAUGGAGCACCUCGGCUAGGGAUCGCAUAUCGAUACGAUGACUGCAGUCAGACGCCGUAUGUCUAUAACAAAGAGACACAAUCCAUGGUAUCGUACGACGAUACGCGGUCGUUUGCGGCCAAGGGACAAUUUAUCAAAACGGCGGGAUUAAGGGGGUUUGCGAUGUGGGAGGUUGGUAGUGAUUACAAGGACCUUUUGCUUGACUCCAUUCGCCUCAACUGUGGAUUUGGUAUGCAACUAUGA